GCCAACCGCAACCAACCCCCUAACGGGAAUAUUUUGUCAUUUUCUCCCGAGCUGGUUAUACUUUCCGUUUUCCUUUCAUCAAAGCAACAGAGAAAGAGUGUGAAAAUGGCGUCGGCGCGGCAAUGGAUAGAAGGAGACGAAACGGCCAAGCAGUUCCUAACAAGGGUUCUCUCGGAGCGGCCAUUCUUACCAUUACCUCCACCUCUUCAUCGCAUCCCUCUCCGCGCCGGCAACGUAGUCGAAAUCGUCGGCCCUUCUCCUUCUUCCAAAACUCGCAUUCUUAUUCAGGCUGCUAUUAAUUGUAUUUUGCCUAAGGCAUGGAAGGGCAUCAACUAUGGAGGUUUGGAGCGAUUAGUAAUGUUUAUUGACCUGGAUUGUCGUUUUGAUGUGUUAAGCCUUUCACAAUCACUGAAGCAGCGGAUCAUUAAAGAAAAUGGCAAUGAUGUAGGCCACAAGCUAAAUAAAGUGGACGAUUCUCCUAUUGGAUCAAAGGAUGUGCACGCAGAAUAUGACGAAGAAUUGUUCGCGGUCAGCAUGAGAAGGUUCUUGUACAUACGCUGUUAUGAUAGUUUCGAAUUUCUUGCCACUCUUAAGACGAUGCAUUUCCAACUUCAAAAGGAAAAAGAGGCGCAUGGUACUGGUGUUUAUUUGCUUAUGAUUGACAGUAUUGGAGCUUUUUAUUGGAUGGAUCGUGCUUCACCGUCUAUACCACCAGGGAGGAUUAACAGUACCAGGAAAAGCCUCUCUCUGCAAAGUGUGUCAGAGAGUGUUGUUCAGGAGAUCCAGAAGAUUCUUUUGGUGCAUCCGAUGCUUGUUCUAACUACAAAAGCAGCAAGUUUGCAGGAUAAAUAUACAACACGCGAAGUUAGGAAUACAGGACAGUUGUCUGUUGAGAGUACCUUGGACUCGAAAAACAUCAGAAGUAGUGCUAAUGUCCAACUGUAUCGGGAGUAUAUGCCUUCUGUGUGGCAGUCCUUUGUUUCUCAUAGAAUGCUUGUGCGCCCUUCAGAUGAUAGUAGUAAAUAUCAAAAGCAGCCCAUCUAUUCGUCGGAAUGGCUGUUACCAUCCCUGAAGAUAUCAGACAAAUUCACAUUCAAUGAUGAUGGUGCAUACAUCAUAUCAUGAAGGCAUCAUUUUGGACUGAUUUUUGACGUACUGAUUCUUGAUUGCUCCCUCAACCUGAGGUCAAGCAUUUAAACCAAGAUGAAUUUCCAAAUGUCACUUGUUCAUCUGGCAUUAGUAUCAACUGUCUCAUUAGUUCCUCGAACCAUAUUGGUUGAUUGCUUGGAGCCUUAACCCUCUGGCAAAAAUUGUUUAAUAACUAUGGAUGACCCUAAGCUAGCUAAAGGUUGAAGUGACAUGCAACAUGGAGGUUUUCUGCCUACAAAGAUUUUGGAUAGACAAAAUUCCAGGCAAAAGAUAUUGUGAGUUCCUCAAUAUGGUUCUGGCGACGGAGAGACAUGAUGUUCAUCUUCUUUACACCAGCCAAUGUAAAUGACAACCAAAGCAAGAAAGAAAAGGAGAACAGAUGUAAAAAGUUUUCCAGUAUUUGUGGAUUUUUCACAUAUUCUCUGAGCUCAACAUAAAUCUACCAGAGAGUAGGACAAAUUGGAGGUGAACAGUGAAGCAGAUAAAACUUAUAAGUGCAAGCAGCAUAAUUGCUAAUUUCAGUAGCAGAUGAGCUGAAGUUGCAAAAAAAAAAAAAAAAAAAAGUAAGGCUGCAUUUUUUUUCUUCAGUUGGCAAUCUUUUGUAUUGCUGCUGUCAUAAUUGCUGGGAUGAUAACUAGGAAUAAGAAGAAAACCUCAUUUGGACCUCGUUUGGAGUUCGUAGAAUAUAUAUUUUGUGUUUAGAUAAAUUAAUGACGACUUUUGCGCAAGAGCUGUUGGAAACCUUGUUCUGGAGUUAUUUUUUUCUUUAGUUUGGAAGGUCUUAGAAUGUAUGUUAUGUUGAUAAAUUAUUUUAAUGACUUUGCACAAGAGCUGUUGAGCAUUGUUCAUUGUUACAGUCGUAGGGGGAUUCGUUUAGGAUUUAAACUUAAUGGAUUUAACUUUUA